AUGGGAAUCAGAUCGAGUCACUCUCUUGUAUCUACCUACCCCAUCGGCACCCGGUCCCCGGAACCCCCCCCCCUUGAUCCGCCUCUUCUUUGCAUCUCUACCGAAUCAAUGGAUGGAAUUUCGAAAGUGAUAUCAAGUUCCGCACCCAAUAGCGCUGAUAAACCAAGAUAUUUCCGUCGAUUCCCUUUCUUACACAAUCCCCCAGUGAAAGGCACAGGAGCCGUCGUGAUCACUUCUCCCGGAUGUAUGGGUAGCGGAAUAAACCCAGUUUUGGUCACAGGCCAAUUAGCCACUUCGAAACUUGGGUUUUUUCUUUUGGGGUUGUUUGUUGUUCGCUCGCACAAAGAUUGCCCUCUAGUGUACAAUACUUAAAAUCAAGCGAUGGAUUCUCGGGAACAGGGAAAGGACUUGCACAUGAUGAAGUUGGAGUCCUUGCUGGGGUGUGGCCGGUGGUGGCGUUGUGUUGUGUUAUAUCGGCUCGUAAGGGGGAAUCGGGAGAAAGUGGUGGGCGUGAUUUGGACCCCGAGGGCACCACGCUGGUUGAGGGGGGGCUGCCCGGUGCGGAUACGGGUGUAGGUGGGCGGACGGGUGCGAGGGUGAGGCGGAGGAUGUGGUAUUGGAAUGAGCCAGGAGUAACGGAGGCGCCUGCACUCGAAUCCCCGGGGUUGGAGGGUGUCGUGCGCAAUUUCAAAUGGACGAGUGGAAAUUUUACAAUAUGUAGAGGAAUUCAGAAUAGGGAGUUCGAGUGAUAUCUGGUGAA